CAGGUAAACAGGAAACGUUCCUCCUUCCUCGGUUCAAAUCUUGGAGCUUGUGUGCCCAAGCUACUAAUCCGCUAGAAGCGUGUGAACGUUUAAAUUAACUAUUCUAUUGAAAAUGGUGAAGCACGAGCGGUAGCAGGAGUUUUUUAAAAUCACCAUUGGAGACGAGAUGCCUCAUCAAAUUGAUGCUAAAGUAGCUAGCUAACUGCUACUGUAAUGGUAAACAAACCAACAAUGGCCACAAAUCCAAAAGGGAAACCAACUAAAAGCUCAUUUGGUGAUGGAGAUAUCCUCGAAAGCUCAUUUGAUGGUGGCAAACUCCCACCAAGAAGAAAGUCAGGACGUGGUGGAUUACGAAAUAGCACAUCUGACAUUGAAAACAUCUUCAGUAUUCUAGACGAUGUAAAUUUGGAUGAAGACAACAUUGAGGGCCCAGAUAUGAAUGCUGCAUCAAAGAAAACUUCUCAUUCAACUUCUGCAGAAACAAAAAAACGAUCUGAUAAUAAAGAGUCCUUGCCAGAACCAGAUAUACUAGCGAGUGAUAUGAAACCAAGGGAAGCAGAUGAAAUUUCCACAGGAGGGAAGAAGAUAGACGCAUCUUCAGCGCGUAACAAAAAGUUCAGCUUCCUUGACCUCGAUGACCAGGAUGAUAUGGAUGACCUGUUGGAUAGUUUACCGCAAACCAAAAAAAAGACGCCAUCCAAAUCCAAUUCACUGCCAACCAAACCUGAAAAAUCGACACCUUCACAUUCUGCAUCUCUCGGCCAAAAAAGAGAAACAACCAGUGCAGCAAAGAAACUAAAUGAACUCGUGUUUGAUGAUGAGAAAGAUGAUUUAAUUGACGAACUUGGCCUGGAUUAUGAAAUUCCCAAGAAAAAAGAAAAUGUGCUUUUUACCAACAGGGAAAGUGACCAACCACAGAGAGCUCGCACCAGACUCGACGAGAUUUUAGAGAACUGUAAUUCCCAACGUCCAGAAUGGCCACCACCAGGCGGGAAGAAGGACCAGUCUUCAUCUCGGGAGAAAAACUACAAAGAGGUCCUUUUAGAUGAUGACCUCACAUUUGGGUCAUAUCAGCCCACAGUGGGAGACAACGCUUCAGGGCCACAGUCCCGUCGGCAGUCUAUCAGAUUCCCCACGGAGGACGUCAGUGCUUCUUCCCCGGAAAAAAAGCCCCCCAUUCCCCCAACCUCCACUCGAGCCCGCAACCCAGCUGACUGGCUCUGUCUCAGUGCAAACGAUGAAGACAAUGUUAAAGAGAAGAAGACCUCCAUAGAAUCUCCAAAAUCUCCUUCUCCUCCUUUAUUGGAGAGAAAGCGCUCACUGUCUGGAGAGCAGAAUCCAAAAAUGGAAGUGAAUGCCUCAGUUUUGGCUGACAGCAAAGCAGGAAAGCCCGAGGUGAUCAAAAAAGUGGGGGAAGAUGAUGACUGGUUAGUAGGAGCUCUGAGCAGGAAGAAGUCUUUCUCGGGAUCAAACUUUGAUGCCAAAAUCUUAACUCAGGAGCAAAAUUUAGGCCUUGGAGAAGAAGUGGAUCUGGAGUCACUUGUUAGUAAGGAAGCCACCUCACAAGGCCGGAGAGGCAGAAAUAACACCCCUGGGAAACAAUCGUCAUCCUCCAUGGAUGCUGGAAUUCCUUUCAACUCUUCACUUGGACAACCAAGCCUUGCUGCACAACAUGCCCCUGAAAAAGAAGAGAAGGCCAAGGAAGUGCUCCCGCAGCCAGACCUUAAGACAAACUCAUCAGCUGCUGUCCAGCAACAGGUGCCAUUUUCAGCUGACAGCCUGCAGCAACUCUUACUACAACAACAGAUGAUGCAGUCACAGUUAUUGGGGCUUCGGGGUGUUUUGGAUGCUGGGGCCGUGCAAAAAGUCGACCAGCACAAUCAUGGUGAUGGAGAGGAUUUACAAGCACGCGUCAUACAGCUGGAGGCACAGGCGAAGACGUUGCAACUAGAGCGAGACCACAGCCAGAUGUUGCUAGAAAGUAUCCAGCAGCGACAUAAACAGGACAUGGAACUCAUGGAAAACGCACACAAGACUCGCGUCAAGCUUCUCGAGGAAUCUGCAAUUCAGAGGGAGAUGCGGAUGCGGCAGGAGAGCGAAGAUCUCCUCGAACGCUUGGCUGCGCUAACUCAAACGGCUGAGAAGGAGCGCUCAGAGCUGCAGGCUCACUACCAAAGAAAACUGGCCCAGUUCCAGCAAGACCAAGAUCGUGACAUAGAGAGACUCCGGGAUUUGCAAAGAAAAUCCAUCACAGAGAUGAAGAAAGACCACGAAGACCAUAUUCAUAGACUGAAAAGGCUGAAAGAAGAAGAGGUUGACGCAGUAACAAGUGCAACAUCUGAGACCAGGUCUCUAACGCUCGUAAUAGAGAAGAUGGAACAGUUUUCUUUUCGGCUUGGAGAUCUCUCCAGUUUGGUCGAGAGCAGGCAUGAACACACAACCCAUGGUUUGGAGAAGGGGGCGCGGCACAGAGACGAGCAGCUCCGAAUCAUGCAGGAUCGUUUGGCUCAGCAAGAGAAAAUAAUGGCGGAGGAAAAAGCUUACCUGAAGGAAAUCAUCUCGAGGAUGGACACUCAGAUUAAUGAACAACAGAGACAAAUUGAGAAGGAUCGCUGGAAGAUGACAGGAGAGCAAGCCAAGGUAGAGUCCUCCUUGAAAAACCUGGAAGAAGAACGACGUGCCCUGACCAUGCAGAUGACCAUGGAGAGAGAAGAGCUGGAAAGAGCUAAGCGUGCGUUAUUGGAGGAGCAGAAGGCAGUGAUGCAGCAUUGCGCAGAGGAGAGAAGAAAGCUGGCAGCCGAGUGGAACGUCUUUCAUGCUCAGGAAAAGCAGCGUCGAGAAAAGGCCGAACAGGACGUCAGCACUUUACUGGAGAGAAGAGAGGGCUCCAUUCUGAGUCUUGCGCAGGAACAAGCUGAUUUGAAGCUUCGCGGCGGAGAGCUGAAACUAAAAGAGACGGCUGUGGCACAGGAGAGAGAGGUUCUGGAAAAACUGAAAGGAGAACUAGAGCAAGAAAAGGAGAGGAUAAGCACCACGGCCCUUAGGCUCAAAAUCCGAGCGCAGGAAGUUGAUGCCUUCAGCAAGCUGGCAGCAGAAAAGUAUGAAGAAGGAGAGCAAGCAUUGCGGGAAGCCAAACGUGUGGAGUCUGAACACCAGGCAAGGCUGAGAACCAUUCAUUCCCAGAUUGAGAGACUGAGGCAGCUCGAACAACGUGCUCUUCAGGAGCGAAUAAGGAUCAACCCUCAGGAAACAACGGAGAAGUCUAAACUAGACCCUCCGAGUGGCUCUUUGACACAAACUACUCCCACUCUACCAGAUCUGGGUUCUGCAGUGCCGGAGUCAAAGUUAACUUUAACUACCAAUCAGAUUGUACCCAAUUCUCAAUCUGUGGCACUCCAGGCAAGUUUGGCCAUAUGGAAGUACAAUGCACGAAAGGAGCAUGACUACCUCCAAGAGCAGCAAAUCUUCCUUGAAAACUUGAAGAAAAAGUCAAACAAACUGAAGUCACAGUGGGCUACAGCAUUAUAAUUCAGGAUUGCUUGACAUUUGUAUUUUUAUAGAUUUACAAAUAAAUCAAAUAGAA